AUGGAGAAAGAAGGAGGGCUGCCCGAAGCGGUGGUUGUUAAUCAACCAUUGCCUUCGGAGGAGGAGAUGGAGGAAGCUUCGAGAAGGAGCGCUCUGGCAAUAUCCAAUCCUGAAAAAACUGCUCACGCAGAAUCCUAUGAGGGACCUAACAGAGCUUGUUUGGAGGAAGUAGUGGUGGAGAAGCAGCCUGAAAUGGCUGAGGAGAAGAAAAAGAAGAAGAAGAUCAAGGAGAAGAGGGCUGAAGGAGAUGAGGAUGCCCAUCCAAUCAAGAAGAAAGAAAGAAAAACAAGUGAAAAAAGGGAACGCAGGUGGGAGGAGAGACGCCUGAAGAAGGAGGAAGAGAAGAGAAUGAGAGCUGAGAGCUUGGAAAUUGACAGAGAAUCCACCUCCGCAAGGGUGGAUAAGGGGGAGUCAGCUUAA